AUGGAUCACUCAGCGGGUACUUUCCAACUCGCAACCGAAGUCGCACCUGGUACAAGAUAUGCCGCUGUCAGCUACCGCUGGGGCAGCGGGAAAGAUUAUUAUAUGUUGAAACAGGAGACGGUCGAAGGCAUGCGGAAAGGCGUAUCUAUGGGAGUUCUUCCAAAGACAAUCCUCGACACAUUCACCAUUGCUCAUCACUUAGACCUCAAGUAUAUCUGGAUCGACAGACUUUGCAUCUUUCAGGACUCGCGGGGAGACUGGAGCCAGGAGGCUUCAAGGAUGGCAUUCAUCUACAAACAUGCCGUAGUCACUAUUUCCGCAAGCUGUGCUAUCCAGGAAAGCCAAGGAUGCUUCAGGAAGCGAAACCCAGCUGGCAUUCAGCCUCUUCGAUUGAUUUCAAAUCCGCUGUUGUCCUCUCAACCGGCCGCAGGGUUUCAUGAGAGCAGUUACAUCACCAGUAACGAGCCAGAAAUGGAACAAAAGGAAGGAGGGAAGCUUGGACAUCUGGUAGAUCGGGGCUGGGUAUUCCAAGAGAGAAUUCUCUCCCAGCGCAUUGUACACUUCGCGGAGGAGGAGGUGUAUUGGGAAUGUAGAGAGCUGGAAGCCAGCGAAGCGUGGCCCGAACAUACAGAAGCAUAUUUGACACCAAAACGUCCGUCUGUACUCUAUGGGCCUGGCAAGGAGAGUUGGGACAAACACUCGCUUUGGCAUACAAUCGUUGAGGACUAUUCCACACGCAAAUUCACAUACGACACCGACAAGCUGCCAGCACUAUCAGGUCUGGCAAGGGAGACGGCGGAGCUUCGCAAAGAUGACAAAGACGAGUACCUUUCUGGUCUCUGGCGAUCGACUGUACUUUUAGAUCUCUGCUGGAGCGACUAUUAUGACACACCGAGGAUACCAGAAGAAUACCUUGCACCCUCCUGGUCAUGGGCGAGUCUGCACGCCAAAGUCAGCUACACUGCAGGUGGUUCGGGUUUCGGAUACAGGCCGGCGGCACGUUUCAUUGAUGCUAGGCUCAAGUUUGCGACCGCGGAUUCCUACGGAGCUGUUCAUGACGGAUGGAUCCAUCUCUUCGGGCACCUCAAGCCGGUCACGGUGGUCCGGCGAAGAAAUUCUGCAGAGCAUCUACAGCGACAAGAACCCUGGCCUGUGAUAAUCCGCGACGAAAAUGGUGACUCCCUGCCAUUUGUUGAUUAUUCAGUUGGGAAGCUCGAUAUCGAGUCCUUCGCAGUGAGAGGCAAAAGAUCAGUGCCAACAUUUUGCUUGCCUGUGGUGAAGGAUCGGGAAGAUGAUCCUGCGGCGGAAAAUGGCUGUCCUGAGUUCUAUUGUCUUCUUCUGGUUCCCAAUGGUUCCAUAAAGCAUAAAAGAUCGGGCGAGGCCUUGAAAUCCCCUAGAACAAACAAUCCGGACGAGUACCAGAGGGCAGGUCUGGCGAGGCUUACGGUAAACAACUGGUCAGAUUUCAAAGCAUGGUUAGAAGAAAGCGCGGAACGAGAUGUUGUAAUCCGUUGA